AUGAACCUGGCGACGGUCCUGCUGACUCUGUCAGUUGUCCUCGCGAUAGGGCUAUCGAACGGUCAAUUGAACUUCGAGGGUAACCCGCUGACGGAGAAUACCGAGUACACCGCUGAAGAAUCACGGUUUUCGCGGCGAACCGCAAGACAGGGGGAAACCGCAGCGAACGCGACGUCCACCAUGGUCACAGAAUUCCGUUCCCAGAAGCUCUAUCCGGUACACGAGGAUGCAAAGAACGCAUCGAAGAAACCGGAACCGAAAAACCGGCCUGUUGAUUCGGCCGAUCGUUCGGAAUUGGGACAUCCAUCGCAGCCCGAGAAUCUCAUCACUGUUCAGCCGGAGGCUGUUCAGACAUCUCGACAACUGCUCGCCAGCGUCUACAACCAAGCAAACAAUGUCAUAAACCCGGCAGAGAUGGCUUUGAACACGUUUCUGAACUCAAAGACACCGGAAGAGUCUCGUAUGUCCCUGGACACUUACCUAGAAAACGCAGAUGGCUCUCAGAAUGUCCUCGUUGGGGAGCAACCGGGCCAACAAACGGUGUCUUCGGUCAAUCAGCAACAAUUAUCGCGACACACGGUGCAACUGACGUCGCCGGUUGACCAGCAAUCGGUGGCUCUAUCAUCGCCGGUCAAUCAGCACCUGACGGCCCAACUGAUGCAACAACGACAACCGUUGCAGCCAUUCCCCGUUGUUAAUCAGAGGCAACACUUGAACGGACAGGUUUACAAUAUUCCUGUGAACCCCAUGGAUCCUCGUUUGCCGCACGUGUCCGGUGCGGUUGGUGCUCCAUUACCGCAGCAGAUCAUGCAGACGCCGUACGCGCAGGGAUUACAGGCGAGAAACGAUAUCUUCUAUCCUGUCGGAUGGCAUCAACGCGUGAGAAGAAUACGCGGGAGACCGUUCCCGUAUACUCAGUCCAGGGGGGGGCCUGGGUUCCACGGUGGGCCUGUGCCAGUUCCCUAUAAGCCAAAGGUCCCUCCGGUCGAGGUGAUCUACACGAAGCCACCAGGCUUCAAUCGUGGUCCACCUCCGGUCUUGGGCAAUCCUCCGAUGCCCUACGAGGACGCAAGUGCCUGGUUCCCGGAGGCUGAUCAACCGCCACCUGCGAAAGAUGUCUAUUAUUCUCAGCUGUACGCGCAGUCCUACGAUCCUCACUACUACAAUUACAUCGCCAAGACCGGGAAGAUCAAGCCUCACCUGUACGGGAAGCUGGGUAAGUACGACGACAACAGCAACAGCAUUUGGUCGGACCUGUAUCGGGGCUUCAAGAAGCACGGCCUGAAGAACAUCAUGACGCCGACGUUCCUGCUGGGUAUGACGCUGCCCGUGGUUACCCUGAUGCUCACCGCUUUGGUCCAGAAACGAUCGUUCGCCGCCCGAUCGGACUCGAGAGAGUUCUCCAGGGAGGAGACGAUCCAGGAGUACAUGGAGCAGCUGCAGAGGGCCGUAGAGUGCUACGAGAGGAAACGAACAAAGAGGGACACCAGCUUUGACGGAUGCUGA